CCGCAAACCACCAAAACCAUCACUCCAAUUCAAUUGUCCGCUGCCAUUUUAGCUGCAGAGGACACCCUCAAGAAACUCUCUCUCACUUGCAUUUCAUCGACCUUUAUUCCUACUCACAGAUUUACACGACGAUUUCCCAGUUAUCGUACGCAGUAUCUAAUCAUUCAACAUGGAGUCGGAUUUGGACAGCUGCUUCGAGCGAGUCGAGAAGGCGCUCGGCAGCAUGAUUGACAGCCUCGCCAAGAACAACCCAUCACAAAAGCUGGCCGAUGAAUUGCUAGCAGCCGAAACUGAUCUCUCCGAGUCCUUGAAGCUGCUCGAGACACAUCAAAAUAACAAUGCACGGCUGCAGCAAUUAAGACAGGAGACUUCGCUUCAUGACACCCAGCUGAAGGAUAUCAUGAGCUCUCUCUGGAACAUGCGCAAGGAGCUCAAGGCCGUACCGACAACCACCAAACCCGCCGGCGGCCCAAAACACCAAUUCACCACCACAGAACUCCUCUCCUACGCCCGCCGCAUCAGCCGCAACACCCUCCCUCUCCCGGGCGUGACCAACGGCGUCGACAUGAGCCCCCGGCAGUCCGCCGCCCCUUCAACCGAAGUAAAAGACUCCUUCCGGUUGCAAUCCCAGCCCACUCAGACCCAGACGCCCAACACCAGCUUCAACCUCAGCUUCAACGGCACCGUGGGCACCCCCGGCGGCGGCGGCGGUCUCAGCGCGGCGACGCCCACCACGGCCACCGAGACGCAAGCCACCACGCAGCUGCCGCCGUCACAGCCGCCCAAGACGACGACGCAGGACCGGAUCCCGCCGCACCUCAAGCCGGCCGUCAACCCGCUGCACGGCGCCGCGUUCCACCCGUGGCCGACCGAGGGGCAGAUCCGGUCGGGCGCGCUGGCGGCGCUGCAGCGCCUCGUGGACGCGGGCAUCGACCCGCGCGGCUACGACCCGGAGGAGGAGGCGCGGCGGCGCCAGGCCGAGGAGCAGGCGCGCCGCGACGCCGAGGAGCGCGCCCGCCUCGACCGCGAGGCCGCCGAGAAGCGCGCCCGCGAGGAGAGCGACCGCAUGGCCCGCGACCGCGAGCUCGCCCGCCAGCGGAAUGGGGCCGGGGCUGGGGCUGGGGCUGGUGCUGGUGGUGGUGCUGGUGGGGAGCUCGAGCGUCGGGAUAGUGUGGCGGUGGGCAGGGACAAGCCUAAGCAGUUUACGUUCUUGGGGUCGGAUGAUGAUGAGGAUGAGGACGAUUAG